GUUCAUUCCCUAUCUAUGGCAGCUCCGACCGUAGACAACCGGCCAGCAGACGUCCUUCAUUCAGGAUCAGCUCACAAAACGCCACCACAACUUCCUUGGCCUGAUAUUUCGUCGCGUGGCAAAUGGUCCGUGUCUUCAUUCAAGUUUGGCUUUGGUGCGGAAUGCCUGUGCGAUGGGGAUCCAGAUACCUUCUGGCAGUAUGUGUUCAACACGUUCGGCGCGCUUCCAAAGCUCAAAUCUCUGCUUCGCAGUUCUGAUGGCCCCCAGCCUCACUUUGUGACGAUCGAGUUUCCUUCGAAAGUUGCCAUUCAGAAAUUGUGCAUCUAUCUCAGCCAUCCUCAAGACGACUCGUAUACGCCAUCAGCUCUUGCUAUUCGUGCAGGAACGGGGCCGAGCGACCUACAGGAUGUCAGAAUGGUGACUUUCGACCGACCGGACGGCUGGAUAACCUUCGAUGUAUCGUCAGAGUCUGCCGAAGAAGGCGAUGGCUUGAAACCAGUCUUUGCCUACGUCCUUCAAGUUAUUGUCGUGGCCAACCAUAUGGGGGGAAAGGAUACUCAUGUCCGGGGUUUACGCGUUCUCGGACCAGUGGAUGAGCAAGGUGUCGAUGAUGACCCAUUUCCAUUCCAUAACCCUCAAUACAAAAUGUUCGAAACAAUCAGAUGA